UACAGGAUGUUUAAAAAAAAUAGUCAUUUCUUGUGUAUUAUUUGGUGUAGUUCCUCUGGCUAUCGAUAGAGGGUGGCAAAGUAUCGGCUGUCAGCUCCGAUGAGUCGUCCAUAAAAAUCGGUUGUCCUCUUUCAAAUAGCAGCACGGUGGAGGUUCAUUCGAACCUGUUCGAUCGAUUAUCCAACGACAAUAAUACAAUUUGCGUCGCAAACCACCACACAACUGUUUGUUUGCCCUUUGCUCCUUCCUGUUCCACGCAAAUAAGGGAGGGUCUCGAUCCCGGUCCUUCCUCCCGCUGCCCGCGGUCCUGAGCCCCUUCCGACGUCGCUGUCUGCGGUGCUGAAUCAGCGCGAAACAAACCGGAAGUGAUAAAGGACAAGCACCCAAUCGGAGAGCCCUCCAAGCUGACGUCAUUUGGCAUUGGGGAGCGUGAAUAUGGACGUCACCCUGUCCGGUUUCAACUCGUUUUGGGGCUCUUUUUGGUUGCAGCCUUGGAGGCGGAGGAGACGUGCACGCAGGUGUGACUGAAGCCCGAACGGCGCCGGAGCCAGAAUGCCGGAGCAGAGCAACGACUACCGCGUGGUGGUGUUCGGGGCGGGCGGCGUCGGGAAGAGCUCCCUGGUGCUGCGCUUCGUCAAGGGCACCUUCCGCGACACGUACAUCCCCACCGUGGAGGACACGUACCGCCAGGUGAUCAGCUGCGACAAGAGCGUCUGCACGCUGCAGAUCACCGACACCACCGGCAGCCACCAGUUCCCGGCCAUGCAGCGCUUGUCCAUCUCCAAGGGCCACGCCUUCAUCCUGGUCUACUCCAUCACCAGCAAGCAGUCGCUGGAGGAGCUCAAGCCCAUCUACCAACAGGUGCUGGCCAUCAAGGGCAACGUGGAGGCCAUCCCCAUCAUGCUGGUCGGCAACAAAAGCGACGAGACCCAGCGGGAGGUGGACACCAAGGACGGCGAGGCGCAGGCCGGCCAGUGGAAGUGCGCCUUCAUGGAGACGUCGGCCAAGACCAACCACAACGUCACCGAGCUCUUCCAGGAGCUGCUCAACCUGGACAAGAAGCGCAACAUGAGCCUCAACAUCGACGGCAAGCGCUCGGGGAAGCAGUCGCGCGCCGAGAGACUGAAGGGCAAGUGCAGCGUCAUGUAAAGCGUUCCAACCUCGGAGCGUCCCGGGGGAACCGCCCCGCCCGCCGUCACUCGUCGCGUAAACCACUUAGAUGUAAAAAGCUCCCGUUUUACCGGCAGGCCGGAGCGCGUCAAGGAUGUAAAUAAAUGUCGCCGGCAACCAGAUUCACGCUCCCCCCGCCGAAAACCCCCCGUACAGCGCCCGACGGACCGCCCGAAACCCCCCAAAGCGGUCAACGCGCACGCCGCGCGUCGCAACCGUCCUUUUAAGAACCCUCCCGCAAAGCCGCGAUGGAUUUACGGGAACGUCGGGAAAAAGCCCAGCGCUCCGGCGGCCUCGUCUCACCUCGCUUGCUUCGUUUUUCUUUCCUUGAGACUUUGGACAAUCCGCGGGGGACGAUUGUUGCCAAACUGGUGUGGUGAGGAUUUGGGGAGGGGUUUGAAGGUCAAGAAUGUCCAGGGUUGGUUUUUUUGGUUUGUGGUUUUUUUUUCGGUCUUGUUUUGGAUGCUUUAAGUCAAAAGACACACAUACGGCAAAACAAGCACACUAGAAAUAUGACAAAAAAAAAAAAAAGAGAGAUGGAUGUAUAUUUAUUUUCCUCGUUUUUUUUCCGUCAGUUCCUCUUGUCCUCACCCACAUAUUCUUAGUCGCUUUUACACAGAGACCCUGCAAAAUGGCCGCUUUCACACGGCGACACGGCGUCCCCCCUCAGAUGCGCGCGUCUGCUGUGAAAUAUGAAAAAGUUGUCGCUUCCUGUUCCGUCGCGUCAUUUCACACGGCGAGACCGCGUCCGCUAUCAGAUCGUCAUUGUCAUUUCACGCGGCGAUCCCGCAAAAUUGCAACAUCUGAGCCAUUACGGAAGACUCGGAAAGUUUUACGCAGAACCCAGACAAAAAGGAAUUUGAAAAUGAUAUUUUUCCAGCAACGUACGCUUUCUCAGCGCAACAUCUGUCGCGAUGUACAAAAGUUGUCGGAUAGCGACCGUUGCUUUCGACGCAACAGGAUGAGAGGAGCGAGCGCUCAAAUUUCUCACAUCUCUCUCUUGGCAUUGCUUACACACCGGCAUCAUCUCGCCUCUUUCACGCGGAGAGAUGCCGCAAAAUUAUACGUAGCAGAUGACCCGAUCGACCUUUUCACACACAACCCAGCAAAACUGGUGUAGGAAAUUGCUGUGUGCGCUUUCACGCAUAACACUGCAGGGUUUUCCAACAAAACGUGUCGAAAUUCACACCCCUGCCCCUGGAUUGUGUAACAUCUUUACGCAAGGGCUUCGUUCCCGUUUGAGUCUUUUUCACACAGAGAUCCCGUAAAACUGCUGAACCAGAAGAUACAACAGUUAUCCUCUUUGAAUUUUACACAGAACCCAGAUCCAUGCUUCUCUUAUGGCUCAGAUAACGCGAAAAAAAAAAAAAAAUCCAAAACUGAUGACCCAGAUUUGAUCUACCUUUUACCCAGAACCCAGCCAAAAGCAGGAUAUCACUUAGGACCUUGUGUGCCGUGUGAAACACGACAAUACGGCAUCUCGCCAUUGAUAAUCACUUCUCAAAUAUCUUCAAUUGCUUUCGACGUAAUGGGGUGAGAGAAGCGGGGGUCGGGUGUUGUUUUCCCCGCCGAGCAUUGAGGACUACGCUCCCGCACGGCCCCCCGCCUCUUUCUUACGGAAUCCUGCCAAGAUUCCCACGACAGACCGCCCGGCAUAUCACGCGGAAAAUUGCCGGGUGGACUUCGGACUCCAAAUCCGCGUCCCUACCGUCCGAUACGGGGGGGUGGGGGGGUAAAAGGGGCUUUUGUUCCGAUCGUAAGACCUCGCGUGGACUCAAAAGACCCACCGCCGCCAUCUUAGUCCAUUUAACACACACACACUGCACUUUACGGCAUGGACACACAUCAUACAUUGUACACCCCAACCUUUAUCGCACACAAAAAGCACAAUACUUUUUUACCUGUUUCUACUUUUUUUUUUUUAUUUUAAAUUUUUUUUGUCCCCCCCCCCCCUUUAGUCACCGGUCCUGAGGAACACUCCCGUCCCCCCUUCGCCGCCGCUCGCUUUCCAGUCACCUGCACAAUAAGGUUGCGGUUCUGCUGAUCACCAAUGUGCGUGUGUGUAUGAUACAUAAAUAUAACAUAUUUAUGUAUUUGUGUGUAAUACAUAAAUAUAUAGUUGAAACCAGAAGUUUACGUGCUCUACAUAAGACACACGCUAAGAAUAGACAAAAUAAUGAAAACAGAAUAAUGAAUUAUUAUUUAUUUAUUUUUCAAGAUAAUAAGCCCAAAACUGGAUUUUUCCUUUUUCCGGUUUCCUGUCAGACCGUGAGGGGGGGGGGGGGGGGAAUCCCACGUGUCAGUAUAAGGACACCGAACAGGCGCACACAAAAUUAAAAAUAAACACAAAAAAAAAAGCACAGGUCUGUUGAGAGCUCUUUAGGUGUGCAGCAGAAUCGGCAGAAAGGAAGGUACAAAUGUAACCCAGUAACGAAAACGCAGGGAAAUGUCGCAAUGUACUACUGUAACAUGUACACACUGCUUGGGUAUUUGCGAAUGUAGAACUGUAUUUGACGCAUCCAACUGUCAUUUCACUUAAAGACAUGUUUCCUUUGAUGUGUUGUAUAUUUUUUGCACUACAACCAAGAAAUUAGGUCCCCGUUUAUAAAGUCUUCAUGAUUAUACUGCAGUUGCGGCAGAAUUCCCCAAACUCAUCGGGCCGUUGCAUUAAUAUCCACGGUAGUUCAUAAAACCACCCGACCGAUCAAAAUGAACCUGUGAGCCAUUUUGGGCCCGCAACCUUCAGUUUGGGAAACCCUGUUUACUUCUUAGCUACCAGUCGUUCUCAGAUGUACUACGUCUACUACGACUACUGUCUACGUUCACGUUUAGCGGUGGGACAUUCAACGAAAAGUAAGGCACGAUAAUUGGUAACCUAGUAGGGUAAAAAAAAAUGUAUCGAUAAAUGUUGACAAAAGUAACAAAGUGACCCUGAAUCAAUCAUUCAAAAUUCUUUUUCGUGUACAGCAUAUGUCGCGCUACACUGUCGCAGCUAGCUAGUGAGAGUACAAAUAACUCCAAAACAUGGCCGACCGAACUUGGACUUGUGAGCGUAUUUUUCCUCCUUGCUAAGCGACGCCGUUGAACGUAGCUCCUAGCUAGCCGCCGUGCUCCCUGCGGUUUUCCCUUCCGCCGCGCUCGCGCGCCAGAUUGUCGGCUGACGUGUUUGUUGUGCGUUCUGCGAGAGCGAGCGAGUGCGCGCUCUAUAAAUAGCGAAGGGGUGCGAAAACGCCGAGGGACGCUCGAUGCGGGCCUACAUGCGUCGUGCGGAAACAAGAUGGAGGGCCACCGUCGACUGCGGGACAGCCAAAAUAGUCUCUCAUUGUAGCCCUCACACACCCCUCGUUAAAAAAAACAUUAGUACCGUAAUUCCCGGCCUACAGGGCACCUAGUUAUAGGGCUCACCCAGUACACUUGUAAAGGAAAUACUAUUUGGUACAUACAUAGACCGCACCCGUGUAAAAGCCGCAAGUGCCCAGAUUGAAACCGACAUUGAAACACAAGAUAUUUAAUAAGAAAGACGGUACACAGAGACUUUGAUGCUCACGCCGCCGUGCUAAUGCUAACGCUAGCAUCACCGCCUAACGCUAAUGCUAGCGCAGCGCUAACAGGACCGGUUUGAAAAAAAAAAAAAAAAAAACAUACUGGUAAAAAUCACAGAGUUACGGCAGUAACACGCUAGCGCAGCGCUAACAGGACCGGACCGGUAAACGUCAUUUCCUCGGCACAUAUAUUCCACCAGUCUCAUUCUUACUUUUUCCGUUCGAGCACCCCCUUUCGGCCGUUAGCAAAAAAAAAAAAAAAAAGCACAAAUUAGCCGCAUCACUGCAUAAACCGCAGGGUUGAAAGCUUGUAAAAAAGUCGCGGCUUAUAGGUCGGAAAUUAUGGUAGUAUAAACGUCAAAUAAACCUCAGAGUACCACGCAUCCAUUUAUUUUCUUAUCUGCUUAUCCUCACAAGGGUCGCGGGACUUCAAAGUACCUUUUAAUAGCAUUUUAAACUCGUCUGACGUUAGCGUUGAAAAUAAAAGGCCUACAGCUAAAUAUGGACGACAGUUUUAAUAGAAACACAGAAGAAAUAAAAUAAAGUUUGUGAUCUCUAAACGGCUAGGACACAAUUAUGCUAGAAUAUGAGUAGAAGAGGAUCCAUGGAGUAAAAAAAAAAAA